AUGAGAAAAAGAGAUCUUCACAUAUUAACAUCAAGUAUAUUCACAUACACUGGGGAUGCAAGAUUCGAAGUCGUACAUCCGGAAGGUUCAGAUGAUUGGAACCUUAAAAUUGAAUACGUACAAAAAAGAGAUGCCGGAAUAUACGAAUGUCAAGUUAACCCCGAGCCUAAAAUCAAUAUGGCCGUCUAUUUAAAUGCUGAAGCUGCUCAAGCGACCAUUCAAGGUCCAGAAGAUGUUUACGUUAAAAAAGGAAGCACGAUAAGUUUAACGUGUUCGGUAAAUGUCCAUUCUACACCUCCUAGUUCUGUUUUAUGGUAUCACGGUCCUUCCGUCGUUGAUUUUGACUCUCCAAGAGGUGGAAUCAGUUUAGAGACUGAAAAAACAGAAUCUGGAACCACGAGUAAAUUGCUUGUUACGAAAGCUUCACUCGUUGAUUCUGGAAAUUAUACAUGCGUACCAAGCAAUGCAAAUCCCUCAAGUGUUUGGGUUCACGUUUUAAACGGUGAACAUCCAGCAGCCAUGCAACAUGGAGAGCAUAAUGGUGGCGUUGGAACGUAUACAAUUUUUGAAUGUGUCCUUCUUCUUCUUCCUGGUAUGGCUGCGGCCGCUCAAACAUAUUUUUUCCAGUGUUGCUCAUUUGUUCUCAGGUGA